UUUAUGGGAGGAUUAAUUUAGAUGUUCUUAUUAUUAACUCAUAUGCAGCUAAUGACAGUAAAUAUAAUCCAGUUGAAAGAACAUUAUCAUAUUUAUCUAAACAAUUAACCAGUGUUGUAUUAAAUCGCAAAAUAUCAAAUAAAACAAGCGAACAAGAUAAUUUAGAUAAUGCCGUUACAAUAUUAUGCUCAUAUUGGGAUAAAAAAUUUUAUGAUUCGUAUCAAAUAUCAUGUAUACCAGUUAUUUCACAUUCAAUACUUCUUUAUAGUGGUCAUAGUGAUAGAAUUAAUUUAUUAAAGGCAGAAAAAUAUAGAGAAAAUAGUCAAAAUAAAGGUAUUCAUGAUAAAUUUCGAUUUUUUAUGAAACAUUGUCGUCGUAGUAAAUAUUUAAUAUUAUUCAUAAAAUGUGAUGAUCCAAAUUGUUAUCAUUGUUCAACGAAACCAAUUACUGCACAAGAAACGGUCAAACUCCUGACCGUUUUCUUGUACCAAAAAAGAGUAUCUUAA